ACCGCGAGACUUCAUCAAUUCUCGCGAGAUUUAUCGGCAGCCAUCUUCUUGGGGGUGCUGGGAGCCGGGAAGACCCCCCGAAUCGUUCCCAUUGAGCUGCCCUUCGUCGUCGCUUUCUUCACUUUUGCCUGUUCUGCGUUGCCAACACCACCUGGUUCCGAGGCUGAGAGAAAGCUCGGAUCUAGGCGCGUGUCGACCUCCCGGUCCAAGAAGAUUUGCUUGGGUGGAGGGAAAGGGGAGGGCUCGGGCAAACCGUUGCUGCCUCAGCCCGGGCCGGGGUCCGGGGACGGGGAGCUCCUGGCACCCCGUGGAUUCGCGGCCUGCGACGGUACCCGCAGAGCUGUUCGCCGAUCCGGGCUCGCGGGAACCUGCCACCGGCGCCUCCCACCGCGGCCCACGCGGGCGGCGCGCGGAGGAGGGGGCGGGGGCAGCGGCGGCUGUAGCGGCCGAGACCUGGGCGGGCGGAGGAGUGUGACGGGCCUCGGGGCCGCUGUGGAUGGUUUCUAAAAUGAUCAUUGAAAACUUCGAGGCACUCAAGUCCUGGCUCAGCAAGACUCUCGAGCCCAUCUGUGAUGCAGAUCCAUCAGCCCUAGCAAAAUAUGUUCUCGCUUUGGUAAAGAAAGAUAAAAGUGAAAAAGAGUUAAAGGCAUUAUGUAUUGAUCAACUGGAUGUAUUUCUUCAAAAAGAGACACAGAUAUUUGUGGAAAAACUUUUUGAUGCUGUGAAUACAAAGAGUUAUCUACCUCCUCCAGAGCAGCCAUCGUCAGGAAGCUUAAAGGUAGAAUUUUUUCAGCACCAAGAAAAAGAUAUAAAAAAAGAAGAGAUCACAAAGGAGGAAGAGCGAGAGAAGAAGUUUUCCAGAAGGCUAAAUCAUAGUCCUCCCCAGUCAAGUUCCCGAUACAGAGAAAAUAGAAGUCGUGAUGAGAGGAAAAAAGAUGAUCGUUCUCGCAAAAGAGAUUAUGAUCGAAACCCUCCUCGAAGAGAUUCAUACAGAGAUCGGUACAAUAGAAGACGAGGCCGAAGUCGCAGUUACAGCAGGAGUCGGAGUCGAAGUUGGAGUAAAGAGAGACUUCGUGACAGGGAUAGGGAUAGAAGUAGGACUAGAAGCAGAAGCAGAACACGAAGCCGGGAAAGGGAUCUAGUAAAACCUAAGUACGACCUGGAUAGAACAGAUCCACUAGAAAACAAUUAUACUCCAGUCUCUUCGGUACCCAAUAUAUCAUCUGGUCACUACCCUGUACCUACUUUGAGCAGCACUAUUACAGUAAUUGCUCCUACUCAUCAUGGUAAUAACACUACCGAAAGUUGGUCUGAAUUUCAUGAAGACCAAGUGGACCAUAACUCAUAUGUAAGACCACCCAUGCCAAAGAAACGGUGUAGAGACUAUGAUGAAAAAGGUUUCUGUAUGAGAGGAGACAUGUGCCCUUUUGACCACGGAAGUGACCCCGUAGUUGUAGAAGAUGUGAAUCUUCCUGGCAUGCUGCCUUUCCCAGCACAGCCUCCAGUUGUUGAAGGACCGCCUCCUCCUGGACUUCCCCCACCUCCACCAAUUCUUACACCCCCACCUGUGAAUCUGAGACCCCCAGUGCCACCACCAGGCCCAUUACCACCCAGCCUUCCACCUGUCACAGAUGAUAUUUCUUAUUCUUUGGUUUUGACAGGACCACCACCUCCACUUCCUCCUUUGCAGCCAUCUGGCAUGGAUGCUCCCCCAAACUCUGCAACCAGUUCUGUUCCUACCGUAGUAACGACUGGCAUCCAUCACCAGCCUCCUCCUGCUCCACCCUCUCUUUUUACUGCAGAUACAUAUGACACAGACGGCUACAAUCCUGAAGCCCCCAGCAUAACAAACACUUCCAGACCUAUGUAUAGACACAGAGUGCACGCACAGAGGCCUAACUUGAUAGGACUGACAUCAGGGGAUAUGGAUUUGCCACCCAGAGAAAAGCCUCCUAAUAAAAGCAGUAUGAGGAUAGUAGUGGAUUCUGAAUCAAGGAAAAGAACCAUUGGUUCCGGGGAGCCUGGAGCUCCUACAAAGAAGACCUGGUUUGAUAAGCCAAAUUUUAAUAGAACAAACAGCCCAGGCUUCCAGAAAAAGGUUCAGUUUGGAAAUGAAAAUACCAAACUUGAACUCAGAAAAGUUCCUCCAGAAUUAAAUAAUAUCAGCAAACUUAAUGAACAUUUUAGUCGAUUUGGAACCUUGGUUAACUUACAGGUUGCUUAUAAUGGGGAUCCUGAAGGUGCCCUCAUCCAAUUUGCAACAUAUGAAGAAGCAAAGAAAGCAAUAUCAAGUACAGAAGCAGUACUAAACAAUCGCUUUAUUAAGGUUUAUUGGCACAGAGAAGGAAGUACCCAGCAGUUACAAACUACUUCUCCAAAGGUCAUGCAGCCCUUAGUCCAGCAGCCCAUUUUGCCUGUUGUGAAGCAGUCAGUCAAAGAGCGGUUGGGUCCAGUACCUUCAAGUACUAUUGAACCGGCAGAAGCCCAAAGUGCCAGUUCAGACCUUCCUCAGAAUGUAACUAAAUUAUCUGUGAAGGACAGGUUGGGUUUUGUAUCAAAGCCAUCUGUUUCAGCAACUGAAAAGGUGUUGUCUACAUCUACUGGCCUAACUAAAACAGUAUAUAAUCCAGCUGCUUUGAAGGCUGCACAGAAAACCUUACUUGUUUCCACCUCUGCAGUUGAUAAUAAUGAAGCACAGAAAAAAAAACAGGAGGCACUGAAACUUCAGCAGGAUGUAAGGAAAAGGAAACAAGAAAUUUUAGAAAAGCACAUUGAAACACAGAAGAUGUUAAUUUCAAAACUAGAGAAAAACAAAGCAAUGAAGUCUGAAGAUAAAGCAGAAAUAAUGAAAACUUUAGAAGUUUUGACAAAAAAUAUUACCAAGUUGAAAGAUGAGGUCAAAGCUGCUUCUCCUGGACGUUGUCUUCCAAAGAGUAUAAAAACCAAGACUCAGAUGCAGAAAGAAUUGCUUGAUACGGAACUGGAUUUAUAUAAGAAGAUGCAAGCUGGGGAAGAAGUCACUGAACUUAGGAGAAAGUAUACAGAAUUACAGCUGGAAGCUGCAAAACGAGGAAUUCUUUCAUCGGGUCGGGGUAGAGGAAUUCACUCAAGAGGUCGAGGUGCAGCUCACGGCCGAGGCAGGGGUCGAGGUCGAGGUCGAGGUGUGCCUGGUCAUGCUGUGGUGGAUCAUCGUCCCAGGGCAUUGGAAAUUUCUGCAUUUACAGAGAGUGAUAGAGAAGAUCUUCUUCCUCAUUUUGCGCAAUAUGGUGAAAUUGAAGAUUGUCAGAUUGAUGACUCUUCACUUCAUGCAGUAAUUACAUUCAAGACAAGAGCAGAAGCUGAAGCAGCUGCAGUUCAUGGAGCUCGUUUCAAAGGGCAGGAUCUAAAACUGGCAUGGAAUAAACCAAUAACUAAUAUUUCAGCUGUUGAAACAGAAGAAGUUGAACCUGAUGAAGAGGAAUUUCAGGAAGAGUCUUUGGUGGAUGACUCAUUACUUCAAGAUGAUGAUGAAGAAGAAGAGGACAAUGAAUCUCGUUCUUGGAGAAGAUGAUUUGACUGAUCAUUGAUCUGCAUAUGCUAGAACUCUACCUGUGUUUCAUUAGUAUUAUCUAAUGUACUUUUACAUAUUUGUAAAAACAAUUUUUUGGUAAAAUGUGAUGAAGAUGGAUUUCACAAAUAGACAAAAGAGAAGAAAACUACCUUCUGAUCCUGUAUUUUGAAAGAUUGAUGUUUGCAUUUUAUUUCAGUAAACAAUUGCUAAAGACAUCACACUAGAAACAUAUGCAAUGUUUUUAUUACAUACUUCUACUGAACAUUACAGAAUUCUUUGGGUUCUUUGUAAUUUAAUGAAUAGGUCUAAAAACUUAUGACCAAUACUUGUUAUAACUUAGAGGAUUUUGUUUUACUCCAAAUAAGGAAUGAAUUUGCAUUUAAAAUCUUAAUGAAUGUUUUCAAAAAUGAAUAGAUAACAUAGUACUCUAACUAAAGUCUCCAAGUUAUGUAUUCAUAAUAUUACAUAGUAGUAUGCUUAGGCUUUACUAUGUAUUAGCCUUUUGUUGGACUUGUGUAUGUAUUUUACCAUAUGGGUUUUAAUGAUAACGGUGUAUGACUGCUUUGCAUAUGAGUCCUUAUACAUUCAGAUGUUAAAAAUAAAGCGGAAUGGUCUCUUGAAAAGAACAGAAAAGAGAAGAAAAGAAAAUGACAAAAAAAAAAAAAAAAACCCCACAAAGACCAAGACAAUGUUCCUUGAUUUUAAAAAAGAAAAAAAAAAAAAAAAGAAAGAAAGAAAAGAAAAAAAAUUAAAAUAAAUAGACCAUUCCAGAUGGUGAUCUACCCUUCCCCCCAAUUAUCACAAAAGGAGCUAUAAUCACUAACUUAUUAAUAAUGAUUACUGGUACCUUUACAAAUAAUGUACAAUCCAAUGUUAAAAAUUUAUACCACUUCAGUUUGGUUUGAUCCUAUAAAUUUUCAACAGCUGUCUUAAAAUUUAAAAGCAGGCUGAUUAGUUUGGAACCAGACUUCAAGUAGAGCUAACAUUUGGUGAAUAAGAAAACAUCACAUUACAUUUUGGAUGUAUGAAAGAAAACUUGACCAUUUGAAGAUGUAUGAAUAAAGAAAUGUACUAUAGAUACUACUUUAGGAAAACACUGUUUGGUAAGUGUUCCAGUCUGAUAUUUUAAGUGUGCAUUUCCUAUACUUUGUAUAAAAAUCUUUGACAUUUGACACAAUAUUGUGAUUUUUAAGUGGAUUUCUCUGGCAAAUGAACGUGAUCAUUGAACGUUGAUAAAACAGCAGUUUCAGGAAAUAAAUGCAUUCUUUGUAGAUUGAGGGGGUGGGAGAUUACCUAUUUAUCUUUUAAAAUUCAUCAUUUCAGUUGCAAGUGUUCCUGCCCCUCCUGAGAUGAUAGUGAUUAUAUUAAAUGUCACAUUAAAAAAAAAAAAAAAAAUCACUUUCUUCCCAUACUGGGAUCCUCACAGUCACAACUGUAAUUCCAAACACCAUAAUCUUCUGUCAGUGGGGUAAAUAAUGGAUGCUUUUCCUCUUUUUUUUUUUUUUUUUUCCUCCCACACUUAGGGUUAAAGUUGUAUAUAUGUUCCUGAUGAUAAUGCUAUUUCAUAGGAAUGUUUGGGCUUGCAGUUGGUACACGUGUUAAUAUUUAAAAUUUCAAAAUCAAUUUCUUUUGUCAAAAUAGUGACUUUACUCAAAAACUUCUUUACUUAGAUCUGUGAUAUAUUUUUAUGUAGUCUCUUGUAUGUUGACUAUGUGCUAUUCUGAUUCAUUAGGUAAGUUUGUUUUCUUUUCUUUUUAGUAGUCGUGAAAGGUGCCAAAUUGGCAGAGGCUCACGUUUCUUCUCUUUACACCAAACAGCAGAGAGAGAGCAUCAUUGCCUGAAUUUAGCUUUGUGACUACAACAGCAAGACCUGUUCCUGUCUGGAGACGACUGUUAAAAUAUCAUCCUAUCAUUUUAUGUUUGCUCUUUAUCAAUUUGAAUAGAUGUUUACAUGUACUAUAAUUGGCAUUUUGUCUCUUCACAGUUCUCUAAUUGGUACAUCCGAGUCCAGAAGUAUGUCUGAGUGUGUGCUUUGUCUGACCUUAUUCUUAAACGUCUUCUCCCCUUACUUUAUAUCCAUUUAUUUUUUAAACACUAAGAAGGAAAAAGACCUUUUGGUUUCCUAAUAUGAGAUAAGUUCAGUCUCAGCCACGUUGAAAAUUGUGUCUAAGAAACGUAUAAAGCCAUGAUACUGUGUUCAUUAGCAUGAACAAUUUAGAAUGAAGAAAAUGAUUAAAAAGUUAAGCAUG